AUGCCGCAGUUCGAAACCACCAUCGGAGCCCUUUCCCCCACGCUCGUCGGCUUCACAGUGUCCCUCAUAAUGCUAGCCGGCACAGUCCCUUCUGUUUUCGCUGGCUGGCUGGCCGACCACCAUGGACGGCUCAAGACCAUCUUGCUUGGGUCAAUGCUCUUUUGUUUCGGUGCCCUUCUCCAGGGUACAGCAUACGGGCUCCCGCAGUUCCUGCUAGGGAGAACGGCCGCAGGGCUGGGAGAGGGCGUCUUCUUGAGCAAUGUGUCCGUGUACAUUUCCGAGAUCUCGCCCACGGAGAGACGGGGCGUCCUGUCGGGGCUACCGCAGUUCAUGUGCACGGCUGGUAUCUGCAUCGGUUACUUCGCAUGCUACGGGAGUCUUUACCUGCGCGGGUCCAGCAUGGCGUGGAGGCUGCCCUUCGUCGUGGUCUAUGAGCCGUGGCGACCGGCCUGCCGCCUGGAUGCACUGCGCAGGCUUGACUUCUCGAUGGUGGAGGCUGAGAGCAGCUUCAUGAGUGGCGGCCUGGUCGUCGAGCAGAGAGUCAGCCUGACGCCUUGGCAAAGCUUUGCCAUCUUGUUCAGGAGAGGGUACCGGGCGAGGACGAUACUGGCACUCUUCGUGUUGGGAAUGGUCCAGCUUUCCGGAAUAGACGGUGUGCUAUACUAUGCACCCCUGCUGUUUUCACAGGCAGGGCUGUCUUCGGCUACCGCGUCAUUCCUCGCAUCAGGAGUAUCCGGGAUACUCAUGCUGGCGAUAUCUGUCCCUGCCUUCUUGCUGGCUGACAAAUGGGGAAGGCAUGGGUUGUCGUCGUUUUCCGUGUUCCUCUUCGGCCUUACGUGCUGUGCGACGUGGGGAAUCGUGGGCAAGAUCUAUGCGACCGAGAUACAGCCAACUCAUGUCAGAGAUGCCGCAAACUGCGUUGCGCAGGGACUCGGAUUCUUCACCAACUGGUUCGUGGCCAUGAUCACUCCCAUUCUACUCGACAAAUCGGCAUUCGGCGCGUACUUCCUCUUCGGCGGUCUCGCGUUGUUUACAGUGGCGGUCCUUGGAGCCUAUAUGCCUGAGACUCGGGGCAGGUCACUUGAAGACAUUCAGCAACCCUUCCACCACCCUGCCCUAGGGAGCCUUACAUCCAGACUUAGAUUCUUUAUCCGUCGGGGAGACAGGGCUGCGACGGGCACACCGGUCUCUAUUUCAAGUGGCAAUGAAGAUGUUGAGCUACGACCCUCGACUGUGGAUCAUGGGAGUGCUACUCAGAGGGUGUCAACGAUCAGCCCACUUGACACCAUGACGAGGGGACUGAGAAUCGAUGCGUCGGUAGCCUAG